ACCUGUAACUUAAAGCCAAAUGCCAAAUUAGAAUUUGCUGUUGUUGAUUGUAGUUUGUUAUUGUUUCUUUUCGGUUUCACAGAAUUGAAUUCGUUAUUCAUUUAACUUUUAUAGCUAUAAAUAACAAAUUGUACAUAUAGUGUGUACCAUAAUCAGAGUUAAUGAAGUUGACACACAACAUGGUGGUUGUGAUUCCUGACUUAGGCCUGCCACAACAAUCUGUGGAAAACGUAAUCACAAUGUCAAAAGGCAAAGACGAAACCGAUCUAAAUAAUGGGGAAGCCAAGUCAUCACAAGAUCCUACUACCCAUCUGUUACAGGAGGGAGAUGAGAAAUUAUUGAAAAAAUACUUCUCUUCCCAAGUGCUAAUAUAUGACCCUCUGAAAGCUGGCAGUAUCGAUGGGACAGACACAGUGGCACAUGACAAGGCAAUAUCUAGAGCCCUAUCAGCUACUUAUUUCCCACCACGGAACACUGGUAACCCUGAGAAAACCUUACUGGUGGCGAGACUCAAUCCAAAAACAACUGAUAAUAAACUUACUGAGGCUUUUUCAGAAUUUGGAAAAAUUAAAAGCUGUAAACUAAUUAGAUGUAUUGUAACUGGAAUGUCAAAAAGAUAUGCUUUCAUAGAGUAUGAAGAGAAAGCAGGAGCCAUCACAGCAUACAGAAAAGGUCACAAAAUGAAACUGGAUGAUGCAACCUUACUUGUUGAUUUUGAAUGUGAACACCUUUUACCUUUUUGGAUUCCCAGAAGACUAGGUGGUGGAUUAGGUGGAAGAAAAGAGUCUGGACAGCUUAGGUUUGGCAGUCGUGAUCGACCGUACAAGAAACCCAUUCCAUUAAUGAAAGACACAUCUCAUAGAUAGUUGUAAAUAUUUAAUUAUGUAAUAUAAAAGUGUAUACAAUAUCCA